GAACCUGUUUUGCCGACAUGUCGCAAGUAACCAAAAUCCAAAUUUUAAAAUUAUACAAAGAUUUAUUAAGAUACGGCCAAAAUUUGAAAUUUACCGACAAAGACUACUUCCACAAACGAAUUCGGCGUGAGUUCCGCAAAAACCGCGACCUCACAGACGAAUCAGCGAUCAGUUUCAACUUUGAGAGAGGAAUAGUACUUCUUGUACGACGUGCCGUCCAAUGAUUAACCGAACUCGUCUCAUUUUUAGCAUAGUUAGA